AUGGAAGCCACACUUACACAUCGGCCGUGGGAGCCUGCCACCACUGGACCCCAAACCCCUACAGUAUCUUCAUCGCAGACCCUCCCCUCGAUAUCGACAUUGACAGCGAGCAUGACCAGCACCGCCGCUCCUCCAGCGGAGAAGUCGCCCGGAUCCUCUACCUACUCCACCGCGACAAACGGGACCGGUAACUACCCUUCUCUAUCAUUCCUUACGUCCUCUCAGCCGUCUCCCAAUCGCGUGUCCACGGUCUCCGAUCGAUCUCCUUAUCCUAACGACCAUUCGAACGCCAAUACCCCUUCCUCCUCGGGCGCUCAACCAUCUCCGAACUUCGGCUCGGCGCAGCCAAAUCCAGCGCUCCCUUCUAUUAACCAGAACUAUGACGCGCCAUCUCAGAGAGGCAGCAUUGCAGAGCCCGCGGAGUCACGACGGAGCAGUAUUGAUAGUCGGAUGAAUCAGGGAAUAAGCUCCCUUGCCAUAAAUCCCGCUUCUCCAUAUCACAGCACGAACGCGUCGCAGACAUCGAUCGUCUCGGGGUUACAACGAGAGCGUGGAAUAUCUAUGGAUGUGAAUAUGAAUAAUACCUACCGAGGCCCCCGCUAUUCUGGGGGACAGCCUCUCUCCCCUUUGGGCCCACGGGCUGGCGAACAUCGUGGAUUUGCGGCUGGCCGCACUGCACCUGCAAUUUCGUCGAACCCUCGCUCGGAAAUUUAUAAUGCGGAGGCGCCCACAGCUGGUCUUGCAUACGCUUUCCCAGAUCCGGAUGUUGCACGGUCCAAUUCAAUCUCUUCUACGACCGAAAAGUCGAACGCACAGUUUUGCAGAAAAGGAAGUACGGCGGAGUCUUUUUCAAGCAGCAUCUACUCAGAUUCCCGUUUGCCUCGUGGUCAGCAUGGUAUGUCAAUCUGUGAAUUCGGCAACAUAUGCCGGUCUGUGGGGUCAUCAAAAACUGAUCAUGCUUUAGAACUCCCUCAAAAUGUCCACCAUCAUUCGCUACAACAUAAACAAGUUCGUGGACUUAUUGGAGAGGCCGACCUACACAGCGGCAGUACGCCGUACAGCAGGACACCUGAGCUGAGGGUGACACAUAAGUUGGCGGAGCGGAAACGCCGUAGCGAGAUGAAGGAUUGCUUCGAGGCUCUGCGGAUGCGUCUUCCGCAAAGCCAGAAUAACAAGUCGAGUAAAUGGGAGACCCUUACAAGAGCGAUUGAGUACAUUGGACAACUGGAGAAGAUGCUGAGCAACGCUCGCCGGGAGAACGAUCUUCUCCGAACCGAAGUCGACGACAUGCGGGCCCAGCUUAAUCAGCAGCAGCAACAGCAACAAGCUAAUGGGCAAUCGCGACCGCAAUCGAUGUUCGAGCAUCAUUCGAUGGCUACACCGCAGGCUAAUGGGCAAUCACAUGGCGCCAUGUUUCCUAGUUACGCCCCGGGCGCUGGGAUGACGCAGGAGCAGCCACGGACUUUACCACCUCUGAUGAAUGGGUCUGUCGCACCAAUGCAAGGCGUGCAGUACACCGAUGAGCGACGGUAG